AUGCCUCUUUCUGUUUUGCCCGGUAAUGUAGAUCGCGAUGCAGUGUUUUACAAAGUUAGGAUUGUUUCAAUCAUCCUUUUUACAAACGACACUUCCGGCAAUCGUUCAAAGCAGUACAAUCCGUUUGAAAGCUGGUUAAUGAGAUGCGCUGCCUUGCCUUUUAAGGAUCGAAAUUCGAUAGCAAACAUCCAGUUUCUUUCUACAAUCCCUAAGAAAGAUGGUGCAAAUGGUAUGUCUCUUCUGCCAGCAAUCGUUGAUGACUUUAAGAAACUCGAGAAAGGUGUAAAAAUGUUCUCCGCUGAAGACAAUGAGUAUGUUCUGGUUGUUGCUCCCAUCCUUUGGAUUGAGGCUGACACGCCAUGUCAUUCGGAACUUUGCGGAUUGCUUGGGCCGGCCACCACAUUUCCUUGCAGAAGAUGCUACAUCGAACUUAGACGUGCAAAAGUCUUUGUGAAGGACUUGUUCUACUUCUGUGAGUGCCAUGAGAGACGAACUCGAGAGCACUAUGUUCUUGCAAACUCGUCACCUGGCAGAGACACUGAGAUCCCAAAUGCUCCGAAAAUUGGAAUGAACACGCCUGCAAACAAGAUAAGCUUUAGAGAUCGUUCGACUGGCCGCUUAUUAGAAUUGCAGUCGUUUGAUCCAGAAAAGGAUACACCAGUGGAAAUCCUCCACACGAUACUUCUUGGUGUUGCAAAGUAUAUGGUGAUUGACUUGGUUAAGGUCGUGCUUAAGAAUGACACAGCCACAAUAGCAAGACUUUCAGAAUUCUUGACAGAUUACACGCGAUCAACUGGUCUAUCAAGAAAGUUCACCCGAAACUUGAGACAUAGUGGUUCAUUCCUCGGUAGAGAUUUCAAGGUUCUGCUUCAAAUACUUCCUGUAAUUCUGAUUACAGAAUUCUCUGGAAAUCAUGAGCUAGACCUUAUAAUACCAUGCUUUGUUGAACUUGGCCGAUUGUGUUCUCUGGUAUUCGUUCGUCAGGUGACAUCAGACUUUGAUAACUAUAUUAUCAGAGUAGAUAAUGCAGUGAAGUGCUUGAUCAGAGCAUUAUUUGACUACGAUAAAGGAACCAAGAACGAGCUCCACAAGGCAUAUUGCACCAAGCCGAAAGUUUAUUACUUGACACAUCUCAAGGAAGAUAUAAUUCGUUUUGGCCCAGCCCUCAAUUAUGAAACAGAAAAGGGCGAACAGUUCAAUAAGCACAUUCGCGAACAUCUGUUUCAUACGAAUCGCCAAAACACUUCCAGGGAUGUUUGCCUAAAGUUUGCAAAGCAGGUAGCAUUGCAACAUGUAAUUGACGGCGGGUCGUGGAUUAAUAGCUCUGGCAACCGAGAGAAGUCUGGAACUGGAAUAGAGAGGUUCAUUAAGGACAACAAUGAAUCUUUGUUCUAUUACACCUUCUUUGGCGGCUCGAGAGAGCUAAAGGACAACAACGACACUGGAGAUAUUGAAGAUGACGCCGUCCAAAACAACAGUUUUGGCGCGUUUGUUUUUAAAAAUGAUCCAAUCUCUCGCCCUCGUAUAGGACUUGUCUCAGGCUCUGUUGUUAAGUUUCUUAGCAUUGUUCCUCGUACGGAUAAUGACAGAAACAAUAACUAUGCCAAGGCUGUAAUGACAGAUUUGCACAUUUUCCGCAACCCAUUUUACAUUGUAAAUUUGAGCAAGUUCGGUUCCUACUGGUUCAUUUUCAAUAAUAUUCUUUUUGAUGAAUAA